AUGGGAUUGAAGGCCACAUUUUCAACCCUGAGCCCCCGGAUAAAAUUCCGGGUGGCGGUGAUCAUGACAGUGUUGGUAAUCACAUUGUUCAUCUCUACCUCUUUCGAAGCCAGUUCAGACUCCUGGUCGGAUGCCCUGAAACAGUCCAAGCUUAAGAACCUGUUGAGCGUCUACGCUUAUGGCGAUCUAAACUCAAAGGACAUUACCGGAACCCCCAUCAGCGAGAAAUUCUCCUCGGCCGAGUUCAAGAAUAUCACUGUGGAGAGUUUUGUGGGUAAUCUUGACAUCUCGGAGUUGACGAUCUCGAACUACGACCAGAUUAAAUGUGAGGAUAUUUCCUACAAACCCGGUCCUAAGUCUAACCGGAUGAUCUCUGCCUCUCAACCAAUUGACCUCAAGGAUGACUUGGCUUUGGUUAGGAGAGAAUUGCUCAAAUCUAAGUACAAACAGAUUGUCACCGUUGCAGAUGAGAAGGAUAUGGAAGAAGGUGAAGUUGUCUCCAAGAGAUGGUUCCGCUUCAGUGGUGGUUCUGUCUGGCUUGAGAGUGAAAAGCUUCACAUGCUCACAAGUCGUAUUGUGUAUACAUCUUCUGGCUACAGAGAUUCUCCCACGGUAAGUUUUGUGAGGAUCCAGCUGUUUGACAAGUACUGGAAGGAGGUCAAAGGUCACAGAAUCAAAUACGUGGAUGCCUCUGAUGAAGAUUUCGAGUCCAAGUUUGAUGACGAGGAAGAAGGUGCCAAUGAGGACAAGUAUUCACUGAAAUUUCCUGUCACUUUGAACAUUCCUUUCGAAUACGAUAAGGAGAACGUUGCCUUGGCAGGCCCUGAAGACCCUAGGAUCAUCUGGAAGGACGGGCAGUACUCCCAGGAGCCGAUUGUGGUGUUUAACAUGGUUUCCAAUAAGGCUAAAGGAAAGAGAGCUGUCCAUGCGUUCUUCCCGCUGAGAAAACCUACCAAAGACGACAACCAGCUCGUGGUGUUUUCGAUUGAUGGAAAGGACACUAAGGAGAAGGAGAAGAACUGGACCCCAUUUUUUUACCACAAAGAGACGGAAGACUCUGCCCAUUCCAAGGGUGCCAUCUACUUUAUAUAUGAACUGAAUCCUCUGACUGUCAUCAAGUGUUCUCUUGAUUAUGGUCUCUGCAGGUUCAAGCAACAGAACACUGAAACUGCGAAAGUCGAGGGUGACUUGAGGGGCGGGACUCCUUUGAUCCCAAUCCCACCAGAACUGCAGAUCAAGACUUUCUCCUCAAGUGGUUUAUCUCAUGGACCAAAGAACAUUUGGAUCGGUUUUGCAAAAGCCCAUGUCGAUGCGUGUGGUUGUGCAGAAACGCUUUAUCGUCCCUCUUUGCUUCUGCUGGUAGAAGAAGGCGGGAAGUUCCGCAAGGAGCUGAUGUCCAACUCAAUCGACCUGAACAUGGAUGUUCUGUCGUGGGAUUUGACUGGUCCAUCCUGCUCCGGAAGGGCCUCCGUCCUGACGCCUAAUGGUGUGUCAUUCUGGGAGGUCAUUGGGCAAUACCAGCACGGAGGUGAAACUUUCUACACUGACUACCUCGGUUUGACUGUCACAGAGGCAGAUGCAAACGUGAAGGUGGUGUAUCUCAAGGGCGUGUUGGAUUACAUUUUAGGUAUGUACCAGACCACUCCAGUGGCCGAGGUGUUCCUCGACGAAGAUGCCUACAAGAGGACGAAAAAGGCUACUGAGUGUGUUCUUAAGGCCACCCAGAAGUACUGCUCGAAAUACUCUGAGAGCCACAAGUACACCAACUCAUGA